AUGAAGAACCUACGUAGGGUUCGGUCCCGCGCCACAUGUCGGACCUAUAACCGGACAUCAGUCCCGUUCCACUAUGAGAAGCCCUCAUAUAUCGACAACGACAAUGGAGACCCAGAGGUCCAACAGAAUCGAGCGCAUGCAGGAACCAAUCCCUUCGCUAUCGAGAGUGACGACUUUGAUGAUGUCAAGGAUCAGGGCGUUGUAGAUGAUGUGGACGUCAUGGCUAAUGUGCAAUUAGCGCGGACUUUUCAACGAAAACGCGCUCGUACCGUUGCCGAUCUCGCGGAUGAACUCGACAUUGCAUCGUUCCCGCACCUCAUUCGCCUCUUCCUAUACGACCAAAUCCACACGGACAACCACCAUUCUUCUGCCGACGUCCCACUUCGCGACUGUCCGUCCUACACAGGACUAAUCAAAAUAUUUCACUCCGCCACUGCAACAUUUAUCGCACCCAGUGAUCCGAGUGGAAUCACUGGUAUGCGCCGUCCGCACAUUCGUGUUGUGCCUUCGUGGCGCAAUGGACCGGCUCGCUUCGACUGCGCCUUCAUCAACACGGACGAUAGGCACGACGGAAUUCGCACAUACCCAUGUGCUCUCGUUCAAUGGUUCCAUCGCAUCGGCGAGGAACGAGACGAGCUCACGGGAAUGUGGAUGGUGGCACCAUCUUUCAACGACGACGGCUCUCGCGAGUUGUCCAUCAUCCAUAUUGACAGUAUCAUUCGCGGUGCUCACUUGCUCUCAAUAUUUGGUACCCAGCUCGUACCACGCGGCCUUCGAUUCUACGAUUCUCUGGAUGUAUAUCGAGGAUUCUACGUAAAUAGGUUCAUUGAUCACCAUGCUUUCGAGCUAGCAUCUUAA